GGCCCGCCGCCGCGGCCACCGGGCGCGCCCAGUCGCACGUGGCGGAUCCGCCCCCUGGGCCGGCCGUGCCCUGGACUCCGCGGGCCCAGGUUCUCCGGUCCUCCGCCCCGGCCCCGGGGGCGCGAUGAGCUUCCUGAGCCGGCAGCAGCCGCCGCCGCCCCGCCGCGCCGGGGCCUCCUGCACCUUGCGGCAGAAGCUGAUCUUCUCGCCCUGCAGCGACUGUGAGGAGGAGGAGGAGGAAGAGGAGGAGGAGGGCAGCGGCCACAGCACGGGGGAGGACUCGGCCUUUCAGGAGCCCGACUCGCCGCUGCCGCCCGCGCGGAGCCCCGCAGAGCCCGGGCCCGAGCGCCGCCGCUCGCCCGGCCCGGUCCCCGGCAGCCCCGGGGAGCUGGAGGAGGACAUGCUGCUGCGAGGCGCCUGCUCAGGCGCGGACGCGGCGGGCGGCGGGGCCGAGGGCGACUCGUGGGAGGAGGAGGGCUUCGGCUCCUCGUCGCCGGUCAAGUCGCCGGCGGCCGCCUACUUCCUGGGCAGCUCGUUCUCGCCGGUGCGCUGCGGCGGCCCGGGGGAUGCGUCCCCGCGGGGCUGCAGGGCGCGCGGGGCCGCCGAGGGCUCCUGCUCGCCGCUGCCCGACCACCCGGGCACCCCGCCCCACAAGACCUUCCGCAAGCUGCGGCUCUUCGACACGCCGCACACCCCCAAGAGUUUGCUCUCCAAAGCUCGAGGAAUCGAUUCUAGUUCUGUUAAACUCCGAGGUGGUUCUCUAUUCAUGGAUACUGAAAAAUCAGGAAAAAGGGAAUUUGAUGUACGACAGACUCCUCAAGUGAAUAUUAAUCCUUUUACUCCAGAUUCUGUGUUACUUCAUUCCUCAGGACAGUGUCGUAGGAGAAAGAGAACGUAUUGGAAUGAUUCCUGUGGUGAAGACAUGGAAGCCAGUGAUUAUGAGUUUGAAGAUGAAACAAGACCUGCUAAAAGAAUUACAAUUACUGAAAGCAAUAUGAAGUCACGGUAUACAACAGAAUUUCAUGAGCUAGAGAAGAUUGGCUCUGGAGAAUUUGGUUCUGUGUUUAAAUGUGUGAAGAGGCUGGAUGGAUGCAUUUAUGCCAUAAAGCGAUCAAAAAAGCCAUUGGCUGGCUCUGUUGAUGAGCAGAAUGCUUUGAGAGAAGUAUAUGCUCAUGCAGUGCUUGGACAACAUUCUCAUGUAGUUCGGUAUUUCUCUGCAUGGGCAGAAGAUGAUCAUAUGCUUAUACAGAAUGAAUAUUGUAAUGGUGGAAGUUUAGCUGAUGCCAUAAGUGAAAACUACAGAAGCAUGAGUUACUUUACAGAAGCAGAGUUGAAGGAUCUCCUUUUGCAAGUUGGCCGGGGCUUGAGGUAUAUUCAUUCAAUGUCUUUGGUUCACAUGGAUAUAAAGCCUAGUAAUAUUUUCAUAUCUCGAACUUCAAUCCCAAAUGCUGCCUCUGAAGAAGGAGAUGAAGAUGACUGGGCAUCCAACAAAGUUAUGUUUAAGAUAGGUGACCUUGGGCACGUAACAAGGAUCUCUAGUCCACAAGUUGAAGAGGGUGAUAGCCGUUUUCUUGCAAAUGAAGUUUUGCAGGAGAACUAUACUCAUCUACCAAAAGCGGAUAUUUUUGCCCUUGCCCUCACAGUGGUCUGUGCUGCUGGUGCUGAGCCUCUUCCCAGAAACGGAGACCAAUGGCAUGAGAUCAGACAGGGUAGAUUACCUCGGAUUCCACAAGUGCUUUCCCAAGAAUUUACAGAGUUGCUAAAAGUUAUGAUUCAUCCGGAUCCAGAGAGACGACCUUCAGCAAUGGCACUGGUAAAGCAUUCAGUAUUGCUGUCUGCUUCUAGGAAGAGUGCAGAACAAUUACGAAUAGAAUUGAAUGCUGAAAAGUUCAAAAAUUCACUUUUGCAGAAAGAACUCAAGAAAGCCCAGAUGGCAAAAGCUGCAGCUGAGGAAAGAGCACUCUUCACUGACCGGAUGGCCACCAGGUCCACCACCCAGAGUAAUAGAACAUCUCGACUUAUUGGAAAGAAAAUGAACCGCUCUGUCAGCCUUACCAUAUACUGAACUACUCAUUUCCCACCUCCCCCCAAAAAACUGUGACAAGAGGAAGCUAGGUUGAAAUCACUGCUAGAAUCCAGUUUGCAAUUACUUUCUCAAUCGGUGUCAGUAGUUUUACUGAAAUACCUUUUAGGACUUGUAUUUGUGAAUUACAGUUGAAAGCUGUAUUCUGACCAGUGCUGUAUCAGGCUUUUGUCUAGUCUUACCAGUCUGUCUUCUGUAGGAUGUCAGUCACUGUUGAAUGUUACACCAGCCUUUCCAGGGUUAACCACUGUGGUGGUGUGCUGCUUAUAGUUUGCUGUUGCAUUGUAAUAAAAGGCAUCCUUUCUCUGUAGUGAGUAUAAAAAAGGACUCAAGGGCUUCAUUACAUACCUAUUCUCCCUUUGAAAAGGGAAAUGCUAAGAGACUCAGUACUCCUCAGCCUUCAAUGUACCUGUGUGUCAAUCUUAUAUUUCUUUUUUCUAAAUUGUGAAUUAUACUUGUAUAUCCAACUGGGAGCACUUUGUAGGCAUUGCAUGAACCAUGGAAUGAUAAUUCUAUGGAAGUAUUGCCUUGUGAAUUUGCUGCUAUUUUAGUUUUGUCUUUGCUGUAAAAUUGUAGCAUUAAACAAUCAUUGUUAAUAGGCUUUCUUUUUAAAACAAUUAUGUGAAAUUAUAGCUGCUCUUGAUGAAAAGCAGCUAUUUGCCUUUUUUUUCCUUUGAACUUUGAAGCUAGUGCAUUGGAGAAAUGCACACACCCUCCCCUUCCCCGAAUGCUGUAUUAAUGUAGUAUAAUUAUUACUGGUUUUGUACUUUUUCCUGAUAAUGCCCUUCAUGACUCUUUUUAAAAAAUAUUUCCUUCCUCCACCCAAGUUUUGUACUUGAUUGUAUUGUUAGUCUGUUUUUAAAUGUUUUGCCCGGUUUCUCUUCAAUAUUUGUGUAUAUAAACUAAUCUUGGUGAUACUGUACAUAGCUGUUUGAAAUGCCAGAAUGACUUCUGACUAUCCCAAGCUUUUCACAAAAUAUAUUUUAUCUGUGAUUAGCCAUUUGACUAAUAAUACAGGCUAACAGUUGUUGCAAAAAAAUAGAAUUUGUCUAUUGUUUGUUUUCCUAUUAAUUUUGGUUUAAAACAUGUUUGCACUUGUCUGUUUGACUUGUGUUUUAUUAACAUUGAUUGGCAUAUUAAAAGUCACUCUGAGCUUACCUUAACUGUCUAAAUCUUUGUGGUGCCUGUUUUCUACUAUUUUAUCUCCAUUAUCACUGCGUUUUAAAAUGUAGAGUAUAAUGUAUAUAAAGUACUAAAAGCAGAGGGCACAUUUUUGAUAGAAUAUGAAACAUUGAUUAUUUAAUGGUGAGCUUUAGUCCACAUCAGUUACAUUUUGAGAUUUAAGAAAAAUUUACCAAUCAGCCUUGAAAGUUUUUUGUCAUAAUAUCUUUACAUCACAUCGCAUAGUAUACAUUUCAGUUUAAAAUAGCUUUAGAUUAUUAGGUAAAUAUAAUGGAUAGGACUCAUACCUUUUUAAUUUGAACUGAGUCACAGAAGAGAGUUUUGAAGUGGGGAGGGUUUUAACUCACUAAAUUGGGCUGGAUUUUAGAAUUGAGAGUGCAAAUUUAAGUGAUUAAGAGUGCCAAUUCUGUGUGACAUCUUUUUCUGACGUAGAUUAGAACCAGAGAGUAGGCAAUGAAGGCCUUUUAGUGGGUAAAAAUGGAUGUUGCAAGAUCCUUGUGCUUUUUGGUCAUGGGCACAUCAUUUCUCUUGAUUAUGGUCUGUUUCUUUCUGCUGUAAACAUUUCUAACAAGCUUGAUUAUUUUAGCUUUUAAGCCCACGGUAUGUUAGCACAAUUUAGAGGUUUGAGAGGAGUUGGUGCAGACAGAUAAGAUAUAAAAGCUGACAGGUGUGGGAGACAGAAAAACUUAAAAGUUGCAUAGGCUGGAGCAGGUAAUACGUUUUUAGCCACUGAGGACAAAGCUAUGAGAAAUAUAAUAAUUGGUGUUUAUUAACAUCACUAAGUCAUUAGGUGCAUUUUUCUAGUGCACUAGCUUCAAAGAAAAAAUACCAGGUGGUAUUUUUCAUCAAGAUUUGCAGUAAAUUUUUCACAUACUGUUUAAUAGAUUGAGUAAGAAAAAAAAAUCUGAUUUUCAAAAAUGGAAUUCUUAGACUGAAAGCUGUUGAGAGUUGGGCUUAUAGUCAAUAUAGGAUACUUAUGUUAAGUGCCUUUUAUGUGCUAACUGGUAGACCAAAGAAAUAAUCUGUCCACUAGGGAUUCGGGAUAAAAUAGAGGAGACUCAUGUAAACACAAAAUGACAAUAAAAUGUGGUUAAGUGCGAUGUUGGAGGGAUCGCUGGAAGGACAAUUACAUACCUUGGGAAGAUGCUGGUGGCAGAUUAGAGAAUGGAUUGAGGGGAUUAGGUUUAGAUUAGUUUCAAAGCCAUUGUACUAAAUCAGGGUUAGAGUAAGGAGGGCCUGAGCUAGGAGGCCUGUGGAUGGAAACAAGGGGAUAGGAUUUCAUUAGAUGAAACACUGCAUGUUGAACAGUUUUUGUUUUUAUAAUAGAACGAGAACUUGCUAACCUAACAGGAUUGGGGAAAGCUGCAAGUGCUAAUGUGGAAGCAUUGAAGAAUUUCCUAGAAAAAUUAAUUAAAAUGCAGAGGCCUAUUAUUGUUUGAGACAGAUAGUUAACAUUGAUAAAAUUACUUUUUUGGGACGCUAACUUCAGUAAGGAAGAAAAUUUUAAAAUAUUGACUGUGCAGUUGGGGAGGAGGAAUCACAUACUGCAGUUGACUACAAAUUGAAAUUGUUGCCUUUAUCGUGCCAAGAAUCCAAGGCAGUCCCCUUUAAUUAAUGAACUAGUGUCUUUUGACGAGUCAGUUCUUAAGCUUUGAUUUUUACUCUGUUUUAGAGGGCAAGAAAUGAUAUUUUAAAAAUUGAUAACAGCUGGGUUUGGGGUAACGCUUUAGGCUGUCUCCUAAUUCUUAAGCAGCAGCAUCCUGACAUUAGUUUUUCUUCCUCCCUAAUUCAUAUCCACAAAGCAUCUCACUGACUUUAGCCAACAGAUCAUAGUUGUUGCAUCCUUGAGGUAUUUUUAUUUGUGAAAUUAUUAAAGGCCAAUUAAAGCAAUCAACAAAGGAUGGAUCAAAAGAAAUUUUGGAAGUGUUUUGGAUAUUGUGAAAAUCAUAAGUGAAGCCUGGAACUAGGAAUUUGAAGGAAACUGCCUCAGUCAGUAUUUUGAAGGCAUUUAUGUAACUGUAAAAAGCAUCACUGAAACUGAUUGACAUUGCAGAGUGAGUGAAUGUAGACAUUUCUGCAAACCUGGUUGUAUUGUUAGACAUUUCUCAAGCUCAGCAAAGUAGAUUUUUAUAUAAAUGGAAGAGUGAGACAUCAUUGAAACUCUCCUCCCAACAUUUAGCUUUCAAAAACUUUGAGAAGUAUUCAUCUGAACGUCAUUGAACUUUUUUUUUCUUUGUGGCAGAUGACCCUAUUUUCAAAGCAGUUCAAAGGUCUCUGGAGUAAGGAAAAAUAUCUAUGUAUGCUCUAGGAAGAGUUACCAGGAAAAGAUGGCAUGUUCUGUCCAAACUUCAUUAAACUAAGAGUCUAAGAAACCUUGGCCAGUCCAGCCUAUGAAGAAAAAUGCCGCAAAGGAACAUUUAUAUCAUAGUUCAUAUUGUUUAGUGUUAUAUUGUUAAUAAAUAUUUUG